CUUUCAAGAGUGUACAAAUAACGGAGAAUGAAGAUGAUGUUGACUUUCACACUGCUGAUGAUUCCUGGAGCUCUGAGCUUCAGUGUGACGGGAUAUACAGGAGGAGCAGUCACCAUCACAUGUCCAUAUGACAGAGGAUAUACAAGUAAUGAGAAAUAUUUUUGUAAAGGUCAGAAGCCAGUUAUACCAAGGCGUGGAUGGUGUUCUGAUCUCAUCAGGACUGAUGUUAAAGAUAAAUGGGUUAAGAGUGAAAGAUUCUCUCUGUAUGACGACACAACAACAUCAGUCUUCACUGUCACCAUCACUGAUCUGAAUGAAGAUGAUUCAGACACAUACCAGUGUGUAGUUGAUAUAGUCGGGUGGACAGAUAUCUACACUGAAGUGAAGCUGACUGUUAGAGAAGAUGACUGUUGUGAGAAGAGCAUCAGUCUGUCAGUUCCUUCAGGUGGAUCUGUGAACAUCAGCUGUAAAUACCCACAAUCCCACAGGACAGACGUGAAGUUUCUCUGCAGGACAUCUGGAGCUGAUAUAUGUGCUCAUGAGAGACAGACACGAGACAGAGAUCAUGAUGUUCUCUUCAUCACUAAUGUGACUGAUCACAGAUCAGCAGAAUACUGGUGUGCACUUCAGACUGAUGAUCACAGACACAAGAUCUUCAUCACACGAGUACACAUCACUGUCACUGAAACAACCAGAUCCCCACCAUUAUUCACAACAACCACGUCAUCAUCCUCAACUUUGUGUCUCUCAUCAGUUCAAUCUACGCUGGUGACAUCAGCGUCUCCUGUGACAUCAUCAGUAUUUUCAGACUUUGUAUUGAUCAUGAGUUUGUAUGUGGUUCUGGUUCUGAUCAUCACUGGACUGUUGAUGCUGACAGUGAUUCGCUGUAAGAGACAUCAGACUGCAGAUGCUGAUUCAGACUGUGAAAUAUCUCACCCAGGACCAGGAAUCUAUGAAUCGGUUACUCACGAUUAUGACGAGAUUAAAAACAUCAGACAUCUGACUAAUUUAGAAUCAGCAACCAUCACAGACUUAAAUACUGAACCAUUACCCACAAUCCCCUCUGAUGCCCCGAACACUGUUUAUGAUACUGUUCAUUUACCCACAAUCCCCUUUGAUUCUUCUAACAAUGUUUAUGAAACUCUUCAAUUACCCACAAUCCCCUCCGAUACUCUUAACACUGUUUAUAAUACUCUACAAUUACCCACAAUCCCCUCUGAUGAUUCUAACGCUGUUUAUGCUGCUCCUCAAUUACACGGUAACAAAUUCAACUUGGACUUUUAGUAACGUGGACCUUUUUUAGCAGGUAAAGUAAAUGAAUUACUUUACACAUUAUUUUGUGUAGGCUACAUUUAGAUCUUUAAGUGUUUGUUGAAACAAUGUUACAUUAAACAAUGGUUUAAAAGUUCCCAUCGUGCGUUGCAGCAUGUUACAUUAUGUGUUAAGUUUUAUUAAAGAGCAUCAGUGUCUUAGUGUUUACAGCGGUUAUCUGACAUACAAUCAGAAUUCCUUUCCAGCAAAUCCUGUAAGAUUUUC